CUCAAACUGAAAUAUUUAGGUGGAAGAUACGUUAGCAGCUGCUUCAGCAUUUUAAGUGGUUCCCCCUUGAAAAAUCCCGGGAGCACCCCCGGUUAAGACGCUUUCUGCUCCCAUCAAGCUGGCAGGGCCUGCGUCCUGAGUCUCCUGGGUGUGUCCUAACUGCCCGUCUCGGCACCUCCUGAAAGCCCCCUCGCCUCCAGUGGUCACGGUGGAAGGAUCAUGGGAGAAGCAGAAGGGAAGAAAGAUGAGGCUGAUUAUAAACGCCUGCAGACCUUCCCUCUGGUCAGGCACUCGGACAUGCCAGAGGAGAUGCGAGUGGAGACCAUGGAGCUGUGUGUCACGGCCUGUGAGAAAUUCUCCAACAACAACGAGAGUGCCGCCAAGAUGAUCAAAGAGACGAUGGACAAGAAGUUCGGCUCCUCCUGGCACGUGGUGAUCGGCGAGGGCUUCGGGUUUGAGAUCACACAUGAGGUGAAGAACCUCCUGUACCUGUACUUCGGGGGGACGCUGGCCGUGUGCGUCUGGAAGUGCUCCUGACACUGUCCCUCCCCUGCCCCUCCUCCGGAUGGGGCGCAGCCCCAGGCAGGGCCGAGUUUUCUGAAGGAGAGCGUGGGGUCUGUCUGUUGUCCUGUGUACCCGUGUCCUGAGCCAGGCCCCGUGUGUGAACUUAGCGACAUCUCUAUCCCCGGGCUCCCAGCCAUCUCACUCUGAGUGCCAGGGUGUGAGGGCAGCAGGCCGUGGUCCCCAUGCAGGGAGGCCGGGCACGUGACAGGGUGGGAGAGGGGGGAGGUGGACGUCUCCCACGGGGACAUGCCAGCCCCACGUCUCUCGGGGCUACCCCCUCGCAUCCGGAGCCCCCUGCCUUCCACCCAGGGCCGCUGGCACGUGACCCCUGCCCUUGUCUUUAUGGACCGUAUGCAAAUGGCCCCAGGAAGGAGCCUCCCUUCCAGGGGCACCGGCAGCUUCUCUGGUCCUCCAUCCUCCGGGGAAGAGGGGACUCCCCAGAAGCCCCUUCCCCGAGCUGACCCCCGGCUGAGCAACCACUGCAUCUCACGGGCCAACAGCUCCACAGCCCCAGCUUCGGCCUGCGGACCAAGCAGCCUUCCCGCCCCCCUCCCCCAGCCGCCAGGCUUCGUCAACCUUUUCCACUCCCCCAGCGUGCAGCGGGGAGCCUGAGUGUCACUGAGCCUCGGCGAGCCGCCUGGGCCAGGAGUGCCCUCGCCGCGGCCGUCUCAGCAGGGAACCUGGCCUGCCAGCUACUCUCAUCAGGGACCGCAUGCUGAUUUGUACUUCUCUCUGCUGGGUUUUCUAGAUUCUUUUUGAGUGUGGGGAGAGUGUUUUAGUAGAAGGAUGAAUCCUAUUUUACAUAGCGGUCUUAUUUAUACAAAUGUCUUGGUUUUUACAAUUAAAAUGGUCAAAAACUGA